CCGAUCCGCUCGAUGCUGGGCGUGGCGAUCCGCUCCGUCGCCGCGGGCAACAAGCACUCCCUCGCCAUCUCCAGCAGCGGGCAGCUCUUCACGUGGCGAGAGACCGCACCACCCACGGGACCUGAACCCACACUGGAGCACGUGCCGCAGCUCGUCGAGGCGUUGCGCGAGUGCAGCGUGGUGGCGGUGUCGGCGGGGUACAAGCACUCGAUGGCGCUCACCGACAGCGGCGCCGUCUACUCUUGGGGGAAGGGCAAGCACGGCCGGCUUGGGCAGGGCGACACGGCCAACCGGCUCUCUCCCAUGCGGGUCGAGGCGCUGCGCGGCGAGGCCGUGGUCUGCAUCGCCGCGGGCGGGCACCACUCGUGCGCCGCUCUGCGCAACGGCCAAGUCUACUCGUGGGGACUCGACGACAACGGCCAGCUGGGCGGGGGGGGAGGGGGCGGCGAGCCGUGCCGCGAGGGCGGAGGCUCGUCCCAGCACGAGGACAGCGGCCAGCACAGCGGCCAGCAGCCGGCGCCGGGCGGGCUCGCGCCGCUCCACUUCCCACCAGGCGGCGUGGGACCUCGGCUGACGCGGUACGUGCCCUCUCUGGUCAAGGGCCUCGAGGGGGUCCGCGUGCGCGCGCUUUCGGCCGGUUCUGCGCAUACCCUCGCCAUCUCGGAGCAGGGCCGGCUGUACGCGUGGGGGCUCUGCUCCGCCGGCCGGCUCGGUACAGGGAUGGGGCCGUGGUUCGACGCGGGCUCGACGGACGUGCCUCACGAGGUGAUUGUGGGCGCCGCCGACCGGCGCCUCGACCGGCGCGGGCGCGACAGCGGCG